AUGCUCAACAGGGAAACCUGCGACUCGUCGGUGUCGCUUGCUUCAUGUCGCAGUUGUGUUCGUGGUGGGUCGCGGCCUUCUGUCGCUACGAUGGAGCUACUGGAGUCCAUUGGGCAUGCAGAGGAGCGUAUCAUGGCGGCAUGGACACGCAUCGGCCUGGCGGAAGUUGACAGGCAAAACAAAUGGAACGGAUUUGUGGAGGGGCGACUUCGUCCUUUUCUCGACGAUUAUAUUCGCUUGCAGGAGUCAGAAGAAAUGGCAAUUGCCGCGGAAAAUGAUCAGCUGUUUCGCGAGAUGUUCUUUUCCUCGCUGAGGUUGAAGGAACGCCCCCGGUCAAAAGAGCUGGCGCAGUUGGUGGAGGCUGUGCUCUCGCAGGGUGCCGUGAACAACACGGUUGUCACAGCGGGGGAGGAGCCGGAGGAGCAGCGCCACUGUACCGACAUCGCGGCAGAUGGAGGGGAGCCAUACGUUGACAGGGAGGCGAAGGAACGGGAUGCCUCUGCGACAUUGCCGUCUUUUGUUUCUGUCGUGGCGGCACUCUUGGCGCGAGGUGACGGCGGUGUCGGCUCUCGCGGCGCCUCUCUUGCAUCUCGUGCCAGAGAAGACGGCUCACAUGCACAACAUGACCGCGAGAACCGAGGUUUGUCGAUGCCAAUGCCCGAAGGAACUACCACAGACGACGCGGCUUGGGUGGCGUUUUGGCAGCUGGCGCGGAGCAUGACGCAUCAGGAACUUCACCGUAACUUGGAGACUGAGGUGGAGCGUAUGAACGCCCUUGCGGAUACCCGACUUCAGCAACUCUGCCUACUGUAUAAACAGCGAGCCCUUUUACGGCUUUCCCCGCAAGAACAGGCACGGAUACGUGGAAAAUAUGCCGAAAAACUACUUUUUGAGGAAUUGCACCACAAGCAUUCACGUAAAUUGCAGCAACCAACGUCAACUACGCCAACGGCUGGAUGCAGCAGAAGCAGCAGCGACAACUGCGAUCGGGGAGUCAUGACACCAGGCCCUUCGUCCAGUCGUGCCACAACCUGUCGCAGUUGCCACUCUGUCGCGAAGGACGAGCUGGAUCUUCUCUCCGACACAUUGCCUGAGCGGCUGCGUGCGGAUCAUGAAUGCCCAAAACUGUGCGGACCCGACAGGGAUGAGGCAUCCAUCGCAGAGUUGCAGGAGGAAAACACAGGGCGUGGGACCAUAUUUGAUGUGGAUUUGGGUGAUGUGACUCGAUUUGGAAGGCGACAGGACCUGUCAUUGGCCCGCAUCGACGCGGAAGCCCAAGAAAUCUACGAGGAAAUCAACGCACAAAAUGUGCGCAUGGCCGCCCAGGCGGAGAAGGAGCUGCAGUGCGUGGAGGAGCUUUGGCGACUGUUUGAAGAAGGCGCCGAUGUCGUUCAGGACGGGCCGGCGUUCAUGAGGGAGCAGACGGCGGAGAGCCACCCCGAUGGCGAGAGAAUUCUCCCGUCACGGCAGGAAUUUGCCUCUCGUCUCAUGCAACUGCGCCUCGAGUACGACGGUCAAGAGGGAGUUGCGGAAAGGUGCGGGGCGGUUGCUGUGGAUGAGACGUGUGACCGCCGGACAGGGCUGAUUUAUGGGAUCACCGCCGCCGGCAACUACAGCAGCAGCAACAAUGCCGCUAACAGUAACGUCACUUUGCCCGUCCUGCGAUCGGCGUACACCGCGAGGGCGCAGGGGUGUUCCAGUUACUUUGCCAGCAUUUCAGAGACUACUCACAGUAGCACCGUUGCUGUUGCCGCUGGUGUUACGGGUACCACAAACCAACUCCCAUCACCGCUGAUGAAACUUUUCACUACGCGUUCAUACGCGCCCGUUCUUUCUUUCAUUGUCACAGUGCGGGAGGAGCUGCAACGCCGUUUGCUUCAGUGCCACGUUCAAUUUGCCCAGAACGUCACGUCGCAGCUUACAGAUCUGUACCGCUGCUAUUUUGAAAAGACUCGUGAUACGGCGUAUUAUGUGGCGCCGGACUACUCACAGUGGCUGCAGGAAAAUGUCGAGGUGGUAGCGGAAAAAAGAUAUCGACCCCUUAUGCAUUGUGGCAAUGAAUCAAGUGGUGGUGGUGGUGGCGUAUGGCAACAGUUUUUGGCGGAAUUUACACCGCUUGAUGGGAACGACAAACUCUGUGAGCGUAUUGCAGACGUGCGGCACGUUGUCAAUCGUGCGAGUGCCGAAGCCAAUCUUCUGCGGCGGCGUCUGCGGAUACUUGACGAGGCGGAGCCGCUGCUUAGGCGACGGUCCGAGAUUCUUGAGCAGCAGCAGGCCACUCAGGAGGGAAGCCGUGACCGUCUGCUCAGCAAGCGAAUCAACAUGGCGAAGCAGCUGCUCUUUGAGGAGAAUGCGCGACGUCAGUUUGCACGGGAGCUACCGAAGAUUUAUGGGCAGUUGGAGGAAUUACUGAACCGGUGGAACGAGACAAUGGACGCUGACGAGGGUCAUCAUGCCAGCAGCAGCAGCAGCAGCUCCACAGUCAGACGAUUGGUUCUACACGGCACAGAUAUUGCAGACCUUGUACGGCAGUUUCACGACGAUGUUGCACGCACGCACGGUGGUCGUGUGGGCCGCUCCCCGCCGCCCUCUCGAAAAGAGGGCACGGGAUUUUUGACGCCACAACGAACACCGCGUGCGGCAGGCCCCACAACCCACAGCCAUCCCCACUCGCAUGACAUGCAUGUGGAGCAGCGACGGGCUGCGCUCUCCACCUCGCCGGCGCCGCGCCCCGUCGCCAAAACACUCUCCGCACAGUCAACACCUGCACGUGCAAAGUUACACGCUGCAAAAAAGAGUGUCAACCCUGCGAGUAGUGUUAGCCCCGCACCGGUAAAACGGAGACCGGUGAUCACACGUCGACAAGGGAUUCGAUCAGUGCCGUCGGUGAAUGAGUUUUUGCAGCGUCAGCCUCAGUCAGCCCCGAGGAGGUGCAGUUCUUCCAGGAAUAAACCAACCUCGGUGUCUCCACGUGUUGACACCUCUACGAAAAAGUGA